AUGAAUGCACACCUAAAUCAAACUCUAGACAAAGAAAAAAAAAAUCAGAAGAGUAAGGAUAUGGGAACCUGCUUCUCUUCGUCAUCAUCAUCACGCACAAGGAUGGAAGAUUAUUACUAUUACCCUGCGUUAUACGAUUACGACAAAGGUUACACACCCUAUGCGAGAAAUCUCCAUCUCCAAGAAGCUCUGUCUUCUUCCUUGGUCUCUUCAACAGCCAAGACUAACCAUUAUCCCCAACUCCAUACACAUAUGGCCUCGCCUAUUAAGCAGAAAGAACCAGAGAAAAAAACUGAGAACAAACCCGAACCAUCUAGAUGGUUAUGUAUGAUCUGCAUGGAUGAAAAAUCUCCCUCCGACAUCUUCCGAGGAACCACUAGUUGCACUCAUUACUAUUGCACCGAGUGUACCGUGCGUUACGUGACGACCAAGAUAGAAGGAAACAUAGCCAUGAUCAAGUGCCUUGACGUGGACUGCACGCGACUUCUAGAGCCCUACACGUGUCGAGAUAUAAUCCCAGGGGACUUGUUCGAGCGUUGGGACAAAGCCUUGUGUGAGUCUUUGAUUGUGUCGUCGGAGAAAGUGUACUGUCCGUUUGAAGACUGCUCAGCGAUGAUGGUGGUGGACGAUGAUGAUGAUCAAGGUGAUGAAGUGACGGAGACAGAGUGUCCGUCUUGUCACCGACUGUUCUGCGCUCGGUGUAAGGUUACAUGGCACGCGGGGAUUGGUUGCGAGGAGUUUCAGAGAAGUGGGAACACGAGGAAGAAGAAUAAGAGUAGCGAUGAAGAAGAUGCUAUGUUGAUUCAAAUGGCUAAUAAGAAGCAAUGGAGGAGGUGUCCUAGUUGCAAAUUCUACGUUGAGAAGAUCGAUGGUUGUGUGCAUAUGAGUUGCAGGUGUGGAUUUAAGUUUUGCUAUCGUUGUGGCGCAACGUCGAGUUAUAGUCACGCAUGCCACAUUCGUAGUCUUAUUUUAAAAUACUAGUUACAUGUUACUGCUUUUUUUUUGUGAGGAUAUACUUAGAGCAUGGAGGUUUUUAAGCUGGUAUUCUUAACGGGAUAUAUAAGAGCAUGAUUAACCUGGAGUUCUUAGGAUGGGGUUCUUAGCGUAAGUUUUCUUAAAUUCCGCUAAGAACCCCACUCUAAGAACCCUGGGUUAAUCAUGGUCUAAGAACCCGUCUCUUAACUUUUAACUAAAAAACUAAGAACCGGUUCUUAAAUAUAAUUUUUUUAAUUAAAAGUUAAAAGUUGGAUUCUUAUAUCUCAAUAAUAACUUCACCCGAGAAAACUCUCAUUAAUCAUGCUCA